AUGUUCCGCGAUUUUCUCGUGGAAACCAAAGUUAGGUGAGUGCUUCUGAAUGUGCUGAACACAGAAGAGGAUAAAAAGGAUUAUGUGAGGUGUGGCAAAGGGUUCAACGGUUUAGAAACUUCGGUCUUUGGUCUCGUUCACCUUUUCCCAAACAUUUGGUUUAUUUGUCUGGUACAUUUACGAGGCAGGUUUGAGCGUAGUUGGCGACAGUUUCAUUUUCGAGUUUUCGACUUUGCCGUGUCCGUCUAUUUUAAUGCUUUCAUGUGACUGACGGAACUCCUCUCCUCAUCAUCAUACACUUUCUUAUCACUCCUUAACAAUAAACACCUUUUUUCUACACGGAUUUGCCAAUAAACCGGACACUCAAAAAGUAAUCAAGAGUCCCGGUAACGACACUUUUUCACUAAUUUACUGCGACUGAUAAGAAGACAGUGUGUGACGAGAAGGAGAGUCUGUCGGUUCGGUGCCUCGUAUAAAAGAAUAGAGCAUUUUCCAGGAGGGAAGCGAUUGCAAGCAUGCUGAAGAGCACGAAGCUGGCCGACGGACUGCUCGGAACCACUCUCGAAUGGACCGAUGUGGAGGAGAUUGCGAAUGAUGGAUUCGACGGAGAGCUGAGGAUCGGAGACAAGAAGACAAUUAGACCGCUGGCCGAGGGAGUGGUGAGUGGACGGGCCGAUGCUCUUUAAUUCCUCUGUUCAGGGACUGCAAUCUCUUCUGGGAAUGGCUGAAGUGGAAUGGGAUGUGAAGGGAGACGGCCAGAAGCCGUAUCCAAACAAGUUUGCACUGAAGAUCGGGUCCCCAGUUGCUCUUCUCCGUGAGUGAGGAAAUAGUGGGCACGAAUUGGAGUGCUUUUUUUCAGAAGCACUGGAAGCACAAGCCGCCAAACUGCCACCUGAGGUAGCUGCCAAUGUCUCUGACGAAUUCAUCCGAUUCUUGCCUCCAGUUCGUUCCUUUUCCCAUUCCACAUAUACCGCUCUUUUCAGUGUCACAACUCGGAGAUCUACUUCUACGAAUACGUCAGCACUCUUCAUCCCCGUCUUCCUGAACUCCCCGAGUUCUACUUUGGUCGUGAAAUCGAGCUUCUGAAGGAUGGAUUCUAUUCGAAAGGAUGUAUUGCCAUCGAAUUGGUGGAAGGUGUCAAGACUCUUUCCCCGCUGGAAAACUUCUCGGAUGCUCAAAUGAUUCAAGUGCUGGACGCACUCGCAAAACUGCAAACUCACUUCAUUGACAUGCCGGAAGAUCAACGGAGAAAGGCUCCACAUCAGGGAUUGGCAGGACUCUACUCGACUUUCAAGGACUGGUUUCUCCAAUUGAACAACGGACUGAUGCUCCAGUUCCCUGACCCGGACCUUCAAAAGUUGGCGGAAGAGUUUGCGGUUUCCCUUCCGGAAAUCAUUACGGCUGAUGAAUUGGAUCAAGUACCGGCAAAGUUGGGAAUGAAAAAGGUUCUGGUGCACGGAGAUCUGUGGUCGGCCAACAUUAUGUGGGAAGGAGAUAGACUGGCAAAGCUGAUCGAUUUCCAGGUAGGAAGGAGAGUCCUGCUCACCCACUUACCGCUCUUCAGAUGAUUCACUUCGGUCUCGCAGCCACGGACCUUGCGCGAGUGUUCAAUACUUGUCUGAGUCCGGAAGACAGACAACAGAACAAGGAGAAGUACCUGGAAUCGUACUACAAAUCGUUGAAGAAGCACUGUGCAGAAAAGGACAGACCAGUUCCGUUUGAAUUUGAACAGGUGAGCGUGUGAACAAUGAAGUUUCCAACUUCAAUGAUCCUUUGAUAAUUUUUAAUGUAUAACCAGUUUGAAUUUGAUGAGAGUGAAAGAAACAACCUGAUAACAUUCCAAACACUUACAGCUCCGUUCGACCUACGAACUCGCGUAUCCACGUGUCUCUGCAUACCUUCUUCCCGCUCUCACUGCAAUUUUAGAGGUAUUUGACCAAGUUCAAGUGUACUAAAGUCCCUGAGCAUUUCAGAAAGUACUCCAAAUGCCGGAUGUGCCAGAGAAGUCGAUGAUCCUGUCAAUGUUCAUAUCGAAAGUCAAAGGAAUCUACUCGGAUAUCAUCAGGACCUACCAGAACAGAUCGAAAUUUUGA